AUGCCGACUCUCAACAAGAUCAUCUUUGGAGCGGCGGCGGUGUUGGUGUCGUCCAGCGCCGCGUUUCCGCUGUACAGUGUGCACGGCGAUUCGCCUUGGAUGGCACGUGCGGACAACUCUUCGCUCGAAUCCUGUCUGUCGUCCAGCGGCGGGUUUGAACAGGCAUAUGCAUCGUCGGGCGACUACUCGGCGCUCACGUCGUCGUACAAUCCGCUGUUCUCGUACAAGCCUCUGGUCGUGGCGGUGCCCAACACCGAGUCGGAGGUGGCGAGCAUCGUCAAGUGCGUGGCGGCGCAAGAGGGCAGGCAGAAGCUAGCGCCCAAGUCGGGCGGACACUCGUACGAGGCCUACUCGCUCGGGGGCCAAGACGGUUCGGUCGUCAUAGACCUCUCCCACCUUAACAGCAUCCAGGUGGAUCAAGCCAACAAGACCGCAGCGGUGGGGGCGGGGGUGAGACUGGGUGCGUUGGCAAAGGGCAUUUGGGACCAGGGCAAGUUUGCGCUGCCCCAUGGAACGUGUCCGCUGGUCGGCGUGAGUGGACAUGCACUCGGGGGUGGGUUUGGAUACACGACGCGUGCGUGGGGGUUCCUGCUGGACCGCAUUAAGUCCAUGCGGGUAGUGACGAGCAAGGGAGACGUCAUCACCGUCUCGGAGGACGAGAAUACCGAUCUGUGGUGGGGCCUAAGAGGAGGCGGGGCCAACAACUUUGGCGUGGUGACGCAGUUCACUUUUGCGCUGCAGGAUGCUCCGACGCAGAUCCUCAACUACAACUACGCGUACGCCACCAACGAGGAUUGCGCCAAGGCGAUUGUUGCGAUCCAAGACAUGGCGAACGAUCCGGACACCAGCACGGGUUUGGAGGCUGGGUUGGGCGGCGAGCUGUUGGUGGCGGGCUCGGCGGCGGGCGACUUCAACGGCAAUGCAUGCCAGCUGGCAGGACAGCAUAUCAACACCGCGCGAGAGGGGCACGAUGCGCUCAUGGCGAGAUUCAACGCGCGUGCGGGCGUCCAACCUGCAACCGCGUCGGUCAAGCCGUUCGAUAGCUGGAUCGACGCACUGACGGAUCUCAUGGGCAAUCUGUCGGCCACCGGACCGCAGCAUGAACAGUUCUACGCAAAGUCGCUCGUCCAACCCGCCACGGCGCGCUACAACUACACCUCGGCACUCGAACUCGUCUCAGAGCUCAACUCGUACGCCGGGUUGAGGGGCACGGGCAACAGUAUUUCGUUUGACUUCUUGGGCGCGCUGGCGUAUUCGGCGACGAUCGAAGAUGCAAGUUUCAAUGCGCAUGGUGCGACGCUCAUCAACCAGUUCUACUCGUACGGCUUCCCCAGCAACGACGACCCCAACGCGCAGCAGGAUGUGUGGAAGGCAUUCGACAGUCUUGUGCGCACAGCUCAGGCCAGCGCACCCGAUGCGGACUGGGGUGCGUACGUCAACUACGUCGAUGCUAGACUGGACGACUGGGCGCACGCCUACUACGGCGCGGGCCUGGACCGGCUCAAGCAGCUCAAGGCCACAUGGGACCCGCAGAGCAUCUUUGACUUUCCACAGGGUCUAGCGCACGCCUGA